GCAGUCGUUGUUCCACUCGUCAACACCAUCUCAUUCAUCUCUCACUGCCAUCUAUCCCAUCUCCUUCUCAUAAACAACGCACAGACGUCUUAUCCAUCCCUCGUCCCGCUCGCUCUCAUCCCUCCAAGCCUCCACACGCUGUUGCAGGUGUCACACACUCGCCACUGAAGACUCCCUCGUUCUCUUUCAACACACCCAGAGUCUUCGCUUCUCGCACCUAUUCCCAACAUCCACUCGUCCCCAGUCUGCCCAUGUUCCCAUACGAGGCUCUCUGACAUCGGCCUUAAAAGCCUGCAUCAACUACGCUUUCAACAGCACCCACUAUCUUUGUCUCCCACCCCGGCUCUCACCCCAACCACCCCACAGUAGCAGGCACGACCAAUCAAUCCCACACCAUGCCAGACGCUUCGGUCCUCGAGACCAACCCCCACUUGGCCCACUACGUCUUCAAACUCGUCCAAACCAAUGCAGCGCUCCAGCCUCGCGCUCAGCCAACUGCGGGCGGGCAGCAUCCCCUAAGCGUGUCGUCAUCUGGCGAAUCAGAUGAAGAAGAUGAUGCCGCCAACGACGAUGCCCAUAACGACGCCGCGUCCGCCGACGAGAGCAAGCUCUCGACUUCCUCCGGCUCGGGUUCGUCGGCAAUCGCCAAUGGACGCCCUCCAGUGGUGCCGACGCGCGAGGAGCGUGAGGAGCUUGUUCGCAAGAUCAUCACUCUCCUAGACAACGAGGAAGAGGAGGACAUCAAGGACCUCCUCCGCGAGCCCAUGGGCGAGCUUGGCAAGGACGAGAUCCUUAUGGAUCAGGUCUGUCUCGACUGUAUGCAUCGGCAUCGAGACGACGUCAGCGGAGUCCCCUACCAGCCUGGGAGCUUUACGCCCACGCGUACACGCCGCCCUUUCACACCACCGGGUGUCGGAGCCCUGCGCGCGCGCACUCCGCUCGCGCGUCCCCAUUCGCCCGUUACCCUUGGCAGCGGCGCCUCUACGCCGACCUACGGCGCAGGACCGUCGGCGCUCGGCCGAGUUGACAGCGCGUCGUCAGCGGUUCCUGCUCCACCGGCGCCGGCCUCAUCUUCGGGCUACAGCAGCUCUGGCUCGCCUGUAUCGUCCCCACGCGUCCUCAACGUGAAGGCAGCAGCGUUCAAUCCAUCGACUUCGCCGACAGCGCCGCAGCCUAGCGCCCGUAACGUCCCUUCGCUGAACAUAAUGGCGAGCAACGCCAACUUCGCGCCGAGCGACAACCCGUGGCGUGACGCUGUCCCUGAUCCCCUCCCACGCUCUGGCUCGCCAUUCACCAUCGGCUCGCAAGGCAUGGUGAGGACCGGCUCGAACCGCGCCAUUGCUGCGCCGCUCAUCAGCGACCCGUCCAGUCCCUUUCACUCGCCGCUUGGCACACCCACUCGCCCUCAAAUGCGUCUCCGCGAUAGUGACUAUUCGUCGCCCACGGCCGUGCGCCCCGCAAGCCGCGGAGUAGUCCCUGACGAGGCCGACGAUGAGGAGUUUUCGCCAUUUGGGUCUUCACUUCCCAAGCUUCACCAGCCAGAGCCAUCGGGGCUUAGUGCGCAGGCACGGGCGUUUGAUGGCUUUGCUGCUGAAGGAACAGAUGUUGAUGAGGAGGAUGACCCGACAAACGCAUCCAACGGCAUGACGCCGCUCGACGUGCUUGCCCAAGUGUUCUCAACUGUCCCGCGUCACCAGCUCGAGACGGCACUCCACAACGCUGGUUAUGACUUUGAGGCGGCGAUGGCAAUGCUGGUCGCGCAGUUCACACUUCCAAGGUCAGGCGCGUCUACACCAAACCGCGUCGCAUCUCCACGACCUCUGAUCGGUAUCGAUGGUCGCGGUGUCAAUCACGGCCUGGCCCCCAACCAGGGAUACUUCAACCAGGGUGGCCGCAACUUCCAAGGCCCCACCACCGGGUUCGGCGGCCCGCGCACCGUCGGCCCCACACGGAUGUGCAGGUACUUUCUUAACGGAGAGUGCAGACGCUCCGACUGUCGUUUCAGCCAUGACCUUGACCGUGCUCUCUGCCGGUUCUGGCUUCGAGGGCAUUGCGCCAAGGGGCCCAACUGCGAGUUCAUGCACAAUCUUCCCCCGACGAUGGACCCAUCGACGCUCAAUGCUGCGAUGCAGCGCCUGGACAUCAACUCGCCAGGAGGGUCACGGCCGGGUACACCACCAGUGCACGGCUCUUACGGCGCCGGCGAUGACUUCCCAGAUCUUCUGGCUGCGCGCCUGAACCGGCAUGUGGGGCGCUUUGACCCCACCCGCAACCGCUUCGCCAAUGCCGUGAAGCGCCCAAUGCCGGCGGCCCCUGUGCCAACGGUUAUGGCGACUGGUAGCCGCAUGACGACUGCGUCUGGAGGAGUGGGCUUCGCCGGAGGCUCCGGCUCGUUCUCUCCUGCUCCUGGUGCAGGCGCGCCCACUCCUGCGGCGCUUGCUCAGCCGCGCCCCUCAAACCGGGUCAAGUUGCAUCCGCCUACGCUUCUUCCUACACUACAGACUGGGCAGGUGGCGAACGAGCAGUACAUGUCGGCGCGUGCGGCAUCUCUUCGCUUGGGGCACGCGCGCAACGCAUGCCUGGCGCGUGCAGCCGACGCGUUCCGCCGUGGCGAUGGCGCAGCUGCGAAGCGCUUCUCGCGCGAGGGCAAGGCUUUGAACGAGAAAAUGCUGAGCGAGAGCCACGAGGCUGCAAACGUGCUAGUCAAAGAGCGCAUGAAGGAUGCGCAGAAGGCAGUCCUCGAGCGCGACCCAUCGUGGUCCGACGACCCGCGCGACCGCGCCGAGCGCGGGCGCGAGUGUGGCGGGGGCUUUGGCGUCGUGCUGGGCGUAGCGUCCGCCGGCAAGGUGCCGGAAGGCCGGAAGCUGAGCUCGGAGGAGCGCACUGAAUGCCUCUUGGACCUGCACACGCUGCACGGCAACGAGGGAGCAGACAUUGUGUCGCACUUCCUCGCAGAGCUCGAGCGCGAGAACUACCGCGGCCUGGCGUACGUCGUCGUCGGCGAGGAGAAGCAUGUGGGGCAGCAGGACCCGGCUCGCGGCGCGAGCAAGGUGCGCCUCGCGGCCAGCGUCAAGUCGUUCCUCGGCGAGUGGGGGUACGCGUGGAGCGAGAGCGGCGGGGUGCUGUGCAUCGACCCGUGUCGGUAGUUGGCGUGGCAGUGUCAAGAGAUAGAUUGGGAUUUCAGAAGCAGUUUAGCAAGAGUGAUAGAUGGAUCAGAAGUUUGCACCAGUC